AUGUUAGUAAGGCUUGUCUGUUUUUUACUUCUUCUUCUUCCCGCCACCAUAACCGCGGCGGACGAUGUUUUCAUGUUCCCGGAAGCCACGUCGUCGGUCCUUCCUGACCCGGCCCGUUUCUUCUCGCCAGACCUCUUGUCAUCCCCUCUGCCCACAAAUUCCUUCUUUCAAAACUUUGUACUAAACAAUGGGAACCAAACAGAAUACAUUCACCCUUACCUCAUCAAACCCGACCUCUCGUCACUUACUAUAUCUUACCCCGAUCAGGUUUCCACCUCUGCCUCUACUUCCCAAACCUUCAGCCCGGAUCUUACCAUAUCCGCUUUGAAUAGCCCCAGCCCGAAUAAUCAAAACCAUGUGGUGUCUUCUUUUAGUCAUCUUAGUGUCACUUUGGAUAUCCAAGAGAGUUUGAAGUUUUUUCUUGUUAGGGGCAGCCCAUACGUGACAUUCAAAACCAUGCAAAGUGUCUCAAUCCAAAUUUCAACCGUUGACACAAUUGUUAGUUUAAUCACAAACCGUGAGCUGACCAAGUUCAAGCUUCAGCUCAAUAAUGGUCAAACAUGGCUUUUUUAUGCUUCCUCACCAAUAACUCUAACCUAUUAUACAUCUAGUAUUAUAUCCCAAGAAUUCUCGGGUGUAUUUCGCAUUGCUAUCCUGUCGGAUCCAAGUCCAGAAACCGAAUCGGUUCUUGACAGGUCCAGUGAAUGCUAUCCUGUUUCGGGUUAUACUGUGCUUAGUGAACCAUCUAGCAUUGGAUACAAUUGGUACAAACAGUGUUGGGGUGAAAAGGCGGAUUUGUUGAUGUUAGCAACCCCUCUUCAUGUUCGUCUCGGGUUUGGUCUUAAGGUGGUUGAUGGUUUUAGAUACAAGAGUAUAGAUGGUGAUCUCGUAGGUGUUGCUGGCGAUUCGUGGGUGUUGAAAUCUAACCCGGUCGCUGUGACUUGGCAUUCAAUCAAAGGAGUUAGGAGUGAGUCCUACCCUCAAAUCAUAGCUGCUCUUGUGAAAGAUGUUGAUGGCUUGGAUUCGAGUAACAUAUCGACUACAUCAUCUUACUUUUAUGGCAAGUUGGUGGCAAGAGCAGCUAGGUUAGCAAUGAUAGCCGAAGAGAUUGGUUACCUUGAUGUUAUCCCAAGGAUCACGACUUAUUUGAAGGCCACGAUCGAGCCAUGGUUAGAUGGAACGUUUCAGGGUAACGGUUUCAUUUAUGACAAAUCUUGGGGUGGGAUUAUAACGAAACAAGGCUCUGCUGAUUCAGGUGCGGAUUUUGGGUUUGGGCUUUACAAUGAUCACCAUUAUCAUAUCGGUUAUUUUGUUUAUGGAAUUGCUGUUUUAGCCAAGAUAGACCCGGAUUGGGGAAUCAAGUAUAAGCCUCAAGCGUACUCUUUGAUGGGAGAUUUCAUGACUUUUGAUAAUGAUAUGGGAGACAUCAUGACUUUCAGUAAUGGUACACGUUCAACGUAUCCGUAUUUGAGAUGUUUCGACACAUGGAAGUUACACUCGGAGGCUUCAGGGUUGAUUGAAUUCGCAGACGGUAGGAAUCAAGAAAGCACAAGUGAAGCCAUCAACGCUUAUUACUCGGCUGCUUUGAUGGGGUCAGCAUAUGGAGACACACAACUUUUUAAUAUGGGAUCGUUGCUUGCGACAAUGGAGAUUGAUGCUGCUAACACAUGGUGGCACAUAAAAGAAAACGGCACAAUAUAUCCUCAAGAUUUCGCAAGUGAAAACAGAAUAACGGGAAUUGUUUGGGCAAACAAAAGAGACAGUGGGCUAUGGUUUGCUCCACCCGAGCAAAAAGAAUGCCGAGUUGGGAUUCAAGUGUUGCCGUUGCUGCCGGUCACGGGAGCUUUGUUUGCUGAUAGAGACUUCGUUAGACAGCUCGUGGAUUGGAGUUCGCCUGCUUUGGAAAGAGGCGGUGUUGGCGAAGGAUGGAAAGCGUUUGUGUACGCGUUGGAAGGGAUUUACGAUCAGGAGGAUGCUCUUGUGAAGGUUACGAGUCUGACUUCUCAUGACGAUGGGAAUUCACUUAGUAAUAUGUUAUGGUGGAUUUUUAGUAGGUACAUGUGA